GUUUGUACAUUUAUUGCAUUGAAACUAUACUUACUUAUCUGCUCAAUUUUUUCUUUUCUUUUUGACAUUUUUGGCCGGAUAAGUUAUAUAUAUAUAUAUAUGCAUAAAAGGUGCGCCUAAUGGUAUACGUAAAAUUCCUAAAUCCUCAAAUGAAUAUAGCAGCUAAUGGGGAUCAUUAAAAGAAAAAAAAACACCGCAGGAACUUUUGAUUCACCCUAAUAUCGAAAUAAAUAAAAAAGGGGGAAUAGAAAGUAUAGUUGAUAAGAGAAAUUUGAAGAGGGAUCGUAAGCGCGAUUAAAAGAAAAAUAAGAAGAAUAAGAAGAAGAAAAAGAAAAAGAAAAAGUAAAAGUAAAAGAAAAAGAAAAAGAAGAAGAAGUGUGACACAGUGGAAAAUGAAAAGCAAGUUUUGAAGAGCGCUUGCGCCCAUCCUCUAAUGGAAAGGUCGGUCGGUUCUCUCGGUCGUUGUCGGUGAUCCUUCGUCGGCCCCCGCCCACCCCCGCAGCCACCCACACUGGCACCGUUCGGGUUUUUAGCCGGUGUUCAGGCGGUGUCGCCCACUUCGGGCUCAGUGAGCCGGUGUAUGAGCGCCGCGACGCCUACCAACAGACCAGGUUUAAUUUGUCGACGUUGUCAACGUCGUCGUCGUCGUCUUCCUCGUCCUCGUCGUCGUCGUUGUCGUCGUCAACGUCAACGUCAACGUCGUUGUCAUUGUCGUUGUCAUUGUCGUCGUUUUUCGUCGUCGACGGCGUCGUCGGCGUCCUCGUCGUCCUCCUCUUCGUCGUCUUUGUCGUCGUCGUCGUCGUCCUCGUUGUUGCUGUUCUCAUCAUCAUCAUCAUCGUCAUCGUUUUCGUUGUCGUCCUCGUUUUUCCUUCGUUUUCAUUGUCAUCUUUCUCCAUAACACGUCAAACACUAUCGUGCAAUACUCAUCCUUUUCUUUUCUCAUCUUUUCAUCGUUGGACAAGGAACACCACUUGUCAUCAUCAUCAUUAUCAUAAUCAUCAUAAUCGUCAUGGUUCUCCAUUACUUUAACAUUUUCUAUUGCUCUAUCUGAAAGUUUCGAUUAUUAUCCUGAACGCCGUUGUCUCUUUUUCGUUCACGAGACAAUCAACAACCGCCAUUCAACAAUAUCAUCCACAACUUGUCAACUAACCACUACGAUGAUCACUGUCAUGUCAACUUGAAUCUUUCCACAUCAUCAUCAUCAUCGUCAUCGUUGUCAUCGUCGUCGUCGUCGUCUGCCGAUCACAAAAACGCGAACAUCGAGGCAGGUAUAAACAACAUGAUCAUUGUAUUGAGUGUUACGCGAGAUACCGACGGGAAUUUUUACCUGAUGGGGUGCGUUCGAAAUUUUUCCCGUAGAUCGAUCAUCCUCCAUCCAAUCAAUCGGAACUUGGUGUUUAAAUCGAUAUUAUUAUUUUCCUAAUAACGUUUAAACGAAAAUGAUGGGGGAAAAAGAAAAAAAAUACAACUGACGAAUAAAAUGAAGUGCGCGAUUUGAUUGAACUGUUAAAAUUAUUAUUGAUAUUCAUUCGAAUUGAUAUGAUCAACGCGUAUGUUUCUAACGUUUAUAACGUUUCAAACUUGGACAAUGCUCGGCUGGAAGAGAACAUACUACGAUACGUGUCGAUAUCAAAGAUAUCCGUUUGAUGAUGAUGAUGAUGAUGAUGAUAAUGAUUUUAUGAACCUGCCGCCGAUAUCUUCAUUUUUUAUCCCAUAAACGGAAACUACCGAGUAAAUCUUCUGAGUUACGACGAGUGAAACGGUCGAGUUAAACGUUUCAGAAUGAACGUAACAACGGCAGCCCACGGUGUUGCGAGUACUCUUGCCGAGUUGGUAGGCCUCGAGAAUCCUGUAAGAAUGGAUAAAACUAGUGGUGGUAUCAUGGAUGAUGAUCUUGGUGUCUCACCAGUCACUUUAUCACCAGCAUGGUCCAGAGUUGCUAGGCUUCUUUUAUUGGCUUCUCUUGCGGUUGGUGGAAGUGUCGGGAACGUUUUCAUGAUAUCGGCAAUUGUUGUCGAAGAACAAUUGAAAAAACGAGGAAACGCGUUUUUAGUGAACGUUGCUUUAGCGGACUUAUUGGUGACUGGUUUUGUAAUACCGGCAUCUGUAAUAGUGAUCUUGGCAGGACACGAAGAAUCUUUAACAAUCUGCCGUGUUGAAUGGACUGUCCAAUCGAUUUGCUUUCUGGUCACCGUAUUAACUUUGACCACGAUAGCUGCCGAGAAUUACGCUCGUCUUUGUUUACCCCCUGAAAGGUACAACAUUUUAACAACGAGCCGAGUGACAGGCACAUUGAUCGGCAUUUGGGUAAUCGCGGUGAUAGCUGUGAGCCUUCAAUCAUAUAUAGAAGACGGACCAGACUUUUGUUUAAGAAAAUUUGACGGUAUUACGAUGAAACAAUUAAUCGGUGUAACGAUAUUAGUAGGUUUACCAGCAGUAACUACUACAUUACUUUAUGCGAUACUAAUAUUAUGCGUUAGACGAGCAACAAGGGGAUCCUACAAACCACCGAUUACAUUUUCAUGGGAUUACGAAUUAACUAAAGCAAAUAUCUAUAGUUGUCUGAUGUUUAUAAUAUUUUGGUUACCCUUUGGCACGGCCGUAUGCAUGAAUUCAUUUCGACCAAUGAGUGCACACGUUUUAUACGGCCUAGCUUGGUUAGCAUUUUCCAAACCCUGUUUUAAUAAUUUAUUAUAUUGCGUUGCCAAUCGACAUUUUCGUAGCGCGUACGUUAAAUUAUUUCAUUAUUGUUGCUGCAAAACGACCGUGAACUUUUCUAGAAGAACGCGCGCCGACACUGGGAGAAAUUCUAGCGACGUGCGUUUAAGGGUUCACAUCAUCCAUUCUUAUGCAAGUCCGGCUUCCUGUAGACCCACAGUCAACAGACCCAACGGACGUGAAGUCUACGAGCUCUAAAACGGCUUCCUAUUAACGUUAGUUAUUUCCUCCUCCUACUAUUUUACGUCCACUCCCUUCUUUUUCCCAUUAAACCUUCCAUAUAAACAUAAAAUUACCCGUUGUAAAAGUUUGGCUACGUUUACUGCAUUGAUAUUACUAAAAUUACUUAUAACACAACGCUUGCAACACAUAUCUGUGAGUAUUAUUUAUCAUAUUUUAAAUCACAUUCCUUCCUUUUCUUUUUUCUAUUUACCAAAUGACUCUCUAACCGUCAUCAAAAUUCAUCAUCAGAUUUUCCCCUUAUAUAUCGUAAAUAUUAUUAUAAUAAUCUUUCGUUGAAAAAUCAAAAUUGUUUUUAUGAUAUUGUAUAUUU